CUUCUUUGUUUUAGGAUCAAAAAGAAAAUCAGUAUAAAAUGGGUGAUGCUGAAUCUCAUCAUUGUAUAGAUGUGAACGCCAUUCUUCAGCAGUUCAAUGAUUGGACAGUCCUCUUUGAAGUUCGGCUUGGAUAUUCAGUACUAUACUUUCUCAUAUUAAUAAUCGGAUUGGUUGGAAAUGGGCUAUUGAUCACUUCAAUUUUAAUGCGAAAGAAACUUUCCGUGGCAAACAUAUUCUUGAUAAACCUGGCAGUUUCUGAUUUGCUUCUUUGCAUCACGGCGGUGCCGAUCACUCCAGUAUUGGCGUUUAUGAAGCGAUGGAUAUUUGGAAUAAUUAUGUGUAAAUUGGUUCCAACUUGUCAGGCGUUUUCGGUGCUCAUUUCUUCAUGGUCUUUGUGUUACAUCGCAAUUGAUAGAUAUCGAAGUAUUGUGACGCCACUCCGGGAACCAUGGUCUGAUAGGCAUGCAAGGUGGCUUCUGAUGUUCACAUGGGUGGUCGCCUUCCUUGCUAGUUAUCCUCUAUAUUACUCACAGAACUUGAAAACAAUGGUUAUUGAAAAUGUGACAUUAUGUGGAGAUUUUUGCGGCGAGUUCAAUUGGCAGUCGGAUGAAAUAUCCAAGUUGACAUAUACUACGAGUUUAUUGAUUAUUCAGCUGAUUAUUCCAGCAAUUAUCAUGUCUUUUUGUUAUUUAAUGAUUCUACAAAAGGUACAAACCGACUGGCUUGUCGACGAGGGAUCCAUGUUGACUGCCGCACAACAGGCUCAAACAGCAGUUCGAAAGCGACGAGUGAUGUACGUGUUGAUUCUAAUGGUUAUUGUUUUUAUGGCUUGCUGGUUCCCGUUGUCCGCCGUGAAUUUGUUCAGAGAUCUCGGAAUGCGAUUCGAGUUCUGUCAAACUGUUUACAAGGUUUUAAUGAUGGACCAAAUGUAUUUCAAGUUGCUCAAUGUGCACGUCAUCGCGAUGACUUCGAUCGUAUGGAAUCCGGUGCUCUAUUUCUGGAUGAGCAAGCGUCAUCGACGAGCCCUGAAAGACGACAUGACGUGGCUCACCAAUGCUCGCCGUCAUACAAACGUCGGCGUUCUGUCUCGCUUCACACCUUCUCCAUCAGUUUCAGUGGUUUACAGACGAACUCUGGAGCGACAUCUAGGUGUCAAUCAUUUCCGCCGUGGCACACUUGCGGACCCGACAUGCACUUCACGUGAACGAAGUCUUCCGCGAGAACUUCAAUCAAAUUGUUUCCUUCUUGUUCCGCUUAUGCCAUUAUGUCAAUCUGUGACGAGGAAGAAUAGUCAUCUAGCAAUCAAUCGAGACGGGAUCGUCAUUCCACAAGCCAAUGGCUCAAGUCGUCGGCCGAGCAGCGUGAAUACCAAUUCAACUCGAGACUGGUGACACCACCAACUUCUUUUUCAUCAUUUUCUCAUUUUCUCAUUAUUUUCAUUCACUUUUCUUCCCAUUUUCAUUUCAUUUCUCUCAUUGUCCUCCGCUCUUCCUAUCUCCAUUCCCUCCGGGUUCGUGCUCUGUCGUCUUUUUGCCAUUUUUGUGUCUGUUUCGAAACGAAACAAUAAAUUGGAUAUUCUUGGU